AUGUUCAGGCUGCUUCGAUUUUCGCCCUCGCGGUACUACCCGCGCAGCAUGGCGCCAGUGAGGUGGAGCACACACCCCUACCAUGUGACAGCGCCCAGGAUGUGGGGUACGCGGAUGCCGCUGCAAUUACAGGCCUCCUUGCGACCUAAUAAUGCUGUCGAGAAGGGGAUUAGCGGCGAUGUCAAAGUGGCAGGCGCCAUGGUGAAGCCUGCUGCGAGCGGUGGCGAAAGUGCGAAGUCUAAGACUCCUACCGUGUCGGAACUGAAAAUCUUGAAGGAUUUGUUCAGGUACAUAUGGCCGCGGGGUGACCGCAAAGUCAAGACAAGGGUCCUAAUUGCCCUUGGGCUGCUCCUAGGGUCGAAGCUGUUGAAUGUGCAGGUUCCUUUUUUCUUCAAAAGCACGGUGGACUCUAUGAACAUCGAGUGGGGUGAUGUAGGAACAGCGUUGCCUAUCGCAGUAACGUUGACUGUUUUAUCCUAUGGUGCGGCGAGAUUCGGUGCAGUGUUGUUUGUGGAGCUACGAAAUGCCGUUUUCUCGAAUGUGGCUCAAAGUGCUAUUACGAAGGUUUCUCUACAGACAUUUCAGCACCUAAUGAAGCUUGACCUUGGCUGGCACUUGAGUCGGCAGACAGGUGGACUAACCCGAGCAAUGGAUCGUGGUUGUAAAGGUAUCUCUUAUGUGCUCAGUGCAAUGGUUUUUCACAUAAUACCGAUUACAUUUGAAAUAUCGAUGGUAUGUGGCAUAUUGACAUACCAGUUUGGUGCUUCCUUCGCUGCUAUAACAUUCUCGACUAUGCUUCUUUACUCCAUCUUUACUUUCAGAACGACGGCGUGGCGCACACGGUUUAGGCGUGAUGCGAACAAGGCUGACAAUAAGGCCGCUAGUGUGGCAUUGGAUUCCCUAAUAAAUUUUGAAGCUGUAAAGUAUUUCAAUAACGAGAAGUACCUUGCGGACAAGUAUCACACAUCCUUGAUGAAGUACCGGGAUUCCCAGAUAAAGGUCUCGCAAUCGCUGGCGUUUUUGAACACCGGCCAGAACCUAAUUUUUACCACUGCACUGACUGCAAUGAUGUAUAUGGCCUGUAAUGGUGUUAUGCAGGGCUCUCUUACAGUGGGGGAUCUUGUGUUAAUUAAUCAACUGGUAUUCCAGCUCUCCGUGCCACUAAACUUCCUUGGUAGCGUCUACCGUGAUCUCAAGCAGUCUCUGAUAGAUAUGGAAUCUUUAUUUAAACUGCAAAAAAAUCAGGUCACAAUUAAGAACUCCCCAAAUGCCCAGAACCUACCAAUACACAAACCGUUGGAUAUUCGCUUUGAAAAUGUUACGUUUGGCUAUGACCCGGAGCGGCGUAUAUUGAACAAUGUUUCGUUUACCAUCCCAGCUGGAAUGAAGACUGCCAUAGUAGGCCCAUCGGGCUCGGGGAAGUCCACCAUUUUGAAGCUCGUAUUUAGAUUCUAUGAGCCCGAGCAAGGUCGUAUCCUAGUUGGCGGCACAGAUAUCCGCGAUUUAGACUUGCUUUCUUUACGGAAGGCUAUCGGUGUCGUGCCCCAAGAUACUCCUCUCUUCAAUGACACAAUCUGGGAGAAUGUUAAAUUCGGCAAUAUCAGUUCCUCUGACGAUGAGAUUCUCAGGGCCAUAGAAAAAGCUCAACUCACGAAGCUACUCCAGAACCUACCAAAGGGCGCUUCCACCGUUGUAGGGGAGCGCGGUUUGAUGAUCAGCGGAGGUGAGAAACAAAGGCUUGCUAUUGCUCGUGUGCUUUUGAAGGACGCUCCGCUGAUGUUUUUCGACGAGGCUACAAGUGCUCUGGAUACACACACAGAGCAGGCACUCUUGCACACCAUUCAGCAGAACUUUUCUUCCAAUUCAAAGACGAGCGUUUACGUUGCCCAUAGACUGCGCACAAUCGCUGAUGCAGAUAAGAUCAUUGUUCUUGAACAAGGUUCUGUCCGCGAAGAGGGCACACACAGCUCGCUGUUAGCGUCACAAGGAUCCCUAUACCGGGGUCUGUGGGAUAUUCAGGAAAACCUAACGCUUCCGGAACGGCCUGAGCAGUCAACCGGAUCUCAGCAUGCAUAG